AUUGGCAAAAUCAGAAACAUUGGUAUUCGUUAUGGCAACGAGAAAUUUAUCAGAAAUUGCACAGAGGCAAGUACAACGAUUAAUAGAAAAUGGCAAAUCUUCCGAUACUCCUGCAGCAGUAAUAUACAAUGCAGGUAUGUUUAAUCAACAAGAAGUUUUUGGGACUUUGAAGGAAUGGGCUUCGAGAGAACUGAAAGUACAGUUUCAGCCUGGGACUGUAGUUGUUGGCAAAAUUGUUGAAUACGCUUUUGCAGUACCAAUGGAUGUUUUUCCAUAGUCUUAUUUAUAUUUCAAGUUGGUUUUAAUCGUUUGGUCGGAAGAGAGAAAAUAUUUGGUCCUCUGCUUUCUAAAGUUAUCUCUUAUUCAUAUUAUUUUGUUUCUGGAAAUUUCUGUUCUUCCGAAAUCGCAGUAUAGGAUUUGAUAGAUCGAGUCUGGGAUCAGUUGUUUAGU